AUGGCUCUUUUGAGCGCAGGAUAUUUCAAGGUAGGCACUAUACGGCACCAGGACGUCUACACGAGGGGUCCUGCUCGCGGAUUCACGCGGGCCCCGUUUCGCCGGUGCACGUGGACGGUGGAUAUCGUGUCAGGACGCUGCAAAUUCGACGGUGCGCUCCAACAUGCGCUGCCGAUCCAGCCCAAGCAGUGGUCUGGCUCCACCGGGGGCGAGAAGAACGUCACGAUCGUCGGCGCGAACACGGGCGUGCUGUACGCGCAGGCGCUCGCGUACGCGGUCAACACCUCCCAGCUGCCCGAAGACGGGGUCACCGAGCGGAGGGCCCGCAACAGGGAAGUCGCGGUGGUCCACAUCCUGAAGAUGCCCGACGGGUCCUCCACGCCCGCCGGCAGCGCGGAGCUCCGGCUGACGGAGCGGCUGAGUGGCGGCCGCCUGCGGCGGGCCCUUGGCCGCGAGUGCAGCCAGGCGCUGUGCAAGACCUGGUGGAGGCGGCUGCUGAUGUGGGCCCUCUGGCGACAGUGCCAGGCAGCGCCGCUGGCGUGGUCGGAGGGGUUCAGCGGCACCUUUAGCCCAGGCGGGGCUGGCCCAUUGGCUGGAGCGCAGGUGUUGAUGUCGGCCGAGCUGGUCCCCCGCGAGCCGAAGGGCUAUGGCGGCGUGCCAGCGCCGCCUCCGCCGCGGGCCGAGGGCGAGCCCUGGGUGGUCAACGGGCACCGGCUGAUGCAGGGCCGGGCCCCCGGCGGGUCCGAGGCGCCGUUCCUCGUCUGCACGGCGUGCUUCGUGAGCGCCAGGACGCCCAAGAUGGCGUGGAAGGGGCCCCGCGGCCAUCCCGAGAAGCUGGGCGCUGAGGCGCAAGGUUCGGGAGGCGGCAGCUGCGCGGCGCAACCAGAGGAGCUGGCCAGUGCCAGCGUGGCGGCGCAGGCCGAGGCGCUGCCUGCAGCGGGCAGGGCGGCAGCUCCGCGGGCCCCGCCAGCCGCCGCCCGCUCCGAGCGCGAGAUCGCGCUCAUCGCGCCGCCCCUGGCGGCUGUGGCUCGCUCGCGCGGGCUUAGCGACCUGGCGCAGGCGGAGCUGCAGCGGCUGAGGGAGAGGUCGCCGCCGCACGCCAGAAGCGGCUCGCUGAAAGGCGGGUCCCAGUCCUGCUACGGCGGCUUCAGGUUCUCGAGCCCGGGCGGCUCCGGGGACGCCUUCGCCUCGGCGCGGUCGCCCGAGGCGACGCUGCGCCCGAGCGCCCGUGCCGAGGACGCCCUGCGGUCGGAGGCCCCCGACGGGUCGCAGGUCGUGGAGUGGCGCAGGGGCGUGCUGCGCGAGGCUGGCAUGGCCGCCACCGCGCCGCUGAGCGCUCAGGCCGUGGCCCAGGCGCCCGUGCGGCCUCGCUCGGGCUCGAAGCCGGAGCCGCCGGAGGCGGAGGACGCGACCGUGACUUGGCAGGCCAGGGUGCUGAGGCAAGCCGCCCUCGAGGCGGGCGGCCGCCAGCGCCCCUUCGACGAGCCCAGGCCCGCCAGCGACGGCCCGCUGCGGCCCCUCGCCGGGCCCGUGGCGCUCGCGAGGUCUUCGGAGCCGAGCCGCGGCGCGGCGCUGGUGAUGAAGAUCUCGCUGCCGGAGCCGGCAGACACCGGUGCGGCCAACACCGGCAGGUCGUCCAGCCACGCGGGCUCCCGGCGCUCGAGCAGGGCCUCCCUGGCGGUCCCGGUCGCGGGAGCGCAGCCGUCGUCAGGGCAGCCGCUGGCGUCCCCGCGCAGCUCGCGCAGCUCGCACGCGUCGCCCCGCGCGUCGCCCCGCGUGUCGCUGGUGCCCGCCGAGGGCGGCGACCACGCCGCCGCAGCGCCCGCCUUGGCCGCGGAGCAGCGGCUGGCGUCCGCCCCGCAGCCGCGGCGGUCCUUCCGCGCUUCGCUGGUGCCCACCGCCGACGGCGGCGUCUCGCAGAGCCUGGCAGCCGCGGCGCCCGCGCCGUCGCGGCGGGCGGUCUCCAAGAACGUCCUGCAGGCUCCCUCGAACGCGUUCGUCGACUUCCGGCGCCGCAGCGCGGGCGCGGUCCCGACGCCAAGGCUGGCGUCGCGUCGGCGCCGCCCGCCGAGAUGA